CUAUUAUGACGCUAGUGCUGCUGGCAGAAUAUAUGUCUGGUAGAAAGGUGGGCUUCGUUUACUUUGUUUGGCAGAAGAAUUAUAUACUUUUGAGAACGAUAUGUUUGGAUCAGUAGUUAUGGGCAUGGGGACAGUAGGGGCUGUGAGGAUCCGGGACAUUCUAGCCCCUCUGCCCUCUAGCACUGCUGAGAAGCUGAGUGUCAAAGGAUUCAUAUCCAGGAGGAUCCUGGAGGAGCACCAGGGUGUGAAACAGAUCACUUUUGAGGAUGCCUUGAGUAGAGACGACAUAAAGGUGGCCUUUGUGUGCUCUGAAAAUUCUGCUCACGAGGAAAAUGUCAGGAUGUUUCUGGAAGCUGGGAAGCAUGUCUGUAUAGAAUAUCCUAUGGCCAUGACACACAGGACUGCUGUGGACCUCUCAAACCUUGCUCAAGAAAAGGGAGUGGUCCUACAUGAGGAGCAUAUAGAACUCCUGACAGCGGAGUACAAACAGCUGAAGAAAGAUAUAGCAGGGAAGAAGUUAGAGGAGGGAUUCCUUCACUUCACAGGAGGUCCACUGAAGCCAGGCUUCGGGUUCCCAUCUUUCAGUGGUAUUGCCCGACUCACCUGGCUGGUGGAGAUGUUUGGAGAGCUACGUGUCACCGCUGCCAGCAUGGUGGAAGACCAGGAGAAAAUGUACACUAAGAUGACCGCACAACUCAUGACCAAAGACAACAAGUGUCUGACGUGGAUUGAGGAGCGUGGUCCCGGCCUGCCCAGAGCCAAGAAUAUCAAUUUCCACUUUGACUCCUGCACCAUAACCCAGCUGCCCCCGGCCCCCAGGGAGCCUGUGGGUCUCUUCAUGCAGGACCUGGUGCUCUUCAGCCAGAAGCUAAUGGGCCAGGUGCCCCGUGAUCAGCUCCAUGCAGAACGCUGGAGAGUUCUCCACUGUCUAGAGCUGGCCGACCGCAUCCAGCAGCUGAGCGAGCAGAGCCAGGGACUAACCCAGGAUGCCUGAAGACAAACAGGGGGGCCCAAGACUGCUACCUAGAGGGGCCACAUAAGUCUAUUACUGGAUAUUAGAGUGCACAAGAUGUGGUCAUCAUUUAUUCAUAGCAAAUGCAAACACACAUUUAUUCUUGCAUUUAGUUUUUGUGUAGGGUAUAAUUUAUGCUUAAAGAGAUAUUUUGGUAAUGGUACGCUUGCUUUACCUCCCCAGACACAGAUAAGCGUGUUGAUAAAAAAGAAAAUGUGGUAAUGUGGCUAGCCUAACUAACUAGAAUUGCCAAAAUGACUGGAAGUCUACAGAAUCAACUGGCAUGCUAAAUGUUUUUGUAUUGUGCUAAAGCUAAUUAGCAAUGUUGCUAGAAUACAACUUUCUUUGUAUUUGUACACGGAGAUAUAAAAAUGUAAUAAACAAGUUCUGCUGAC